ACCAGCCCACUCGAAGCAGCCAGACAAACACCCACCAGCUGCCAGUGAAACAGGUCGCUCUGUAACAGGCAACUCUUAGUUGGCAUUUAAACAAAAUCUGUAGAUUAUUUAGCAAGGAAGAGGGCUGCCAAGGAGGGACUGGACAACACAUAAUUCCAUUCACGCAGCAUCCUGAGUUUACUUCAUUUCUGGAAUUAAUCCUUCAGUAAGUUGGCAGCUUCACUUCCCAGUGCUCAGCAGUGAAGUAGCUGGUUAAAAACAAGGCACUCGGUUACAGCCACAGAGGGUAGGACACGGCUGGCACAGUGACAGACUCUGCCAAGUAUGGGAACUGAGGAAGACUACAACUUUGUAUUUAAAGUUGUUCUGAUUGGCGAGUCUGGUGUUGGAAAAAGCAACCUUCUUUCACGCUUCACCAAAAACGAGUUCAACCAUGACAGCAGAACCACCAUUGGUGUCGAGUUCAGCACCCGUACUGUUAUUGUGGAUGGGCUCACAGUCAAGGCACAGAUCUGGGACACGGCUGGACUGGAGAGAUACCGUGCUAUCACAUCUGCAUACUAUAGGGGUGCGGUUGGAGCUCUGCUAGUCUACGACAUUUCCAAACACCUUACUUAUGCGAGUGUUGAACGCUGGCUGAAGGAACUGUAUGAUCAUGCAGAUCCUCAUAUCGUAGUCAUGCUGGUGGGAAACAAGAGUGACUUGGCACAUGUGCGGGCUGUGCCCACGGAAGAGGCCCGGGACUUUGCAGGGAAAAAUGGAUUGCUUUUUAUAGAAACAUCUGCACUGGAGUCAACUAAUGUAGAGACAGCAUUUCACAAUGUGCUUUCAGAAAUUUACAAGAAGGUUGCAAGCAAAAAAGUGACCAGAGGCUCCAUCAGUGCAGUCACACUUUCAAAUCCAAACUUUGCAAAUGCAGAGCAGGAAGAAGAAAAGAAGUCAUGCUGCGGACGCUUUUAAGAAAGUAUGAGUGGAAUGAGGAGACAUUUCUUCCUUCGAUGGAAUGAUACUUUCUUCAAGAUUUGGAAGUGGGAGGGAAAGGGAAGAGGGUGGUUGGGACUAUGAAUAGGGAAUGUUAUCUUGUAUGGGCUGCUCUGACAUGGCCAGGCAUUGUGUGAUAUUUUGCAAAUGGCCAUAGAGGGUCAUGCAUUUGCCAGUGGAUUACCAGAAGGGAUGCUUUUUACACAACAGGCAAACAUAUCCCCAUGAAUGAUAUUUAAAGAAGUUUAGGUCCUGAAGUCCUGAAAGCAGUCAACAUAAAAAAAGCACAGAGGCUAAUGAAGUGGCAAAGAGUAAUGGUAUUUUUUAUUCAAAGAUAUCUGAACUUUUAAAUGAAUUAGUGCCAUCUUGAGGUCUGAAAAGCAACAUAAAAUAUACUCAGAAAAAGACAGUCUGCCCCUUUUAAGUAAGACAAAAAAAAGAACUCUGGUAUUCUGGUAUAAAGCCUGUGAUUGUUUCUUCAAAGCAAACAUUUAAAUUUGAGCUAACUUGAACUUCACUUGAAGGCUAGGCAAUAAGUGUUCAAUUAAAUAAUAUUUAUUCGAUGUAUGAUUGCCAAACUAUGUUCAGUCUUCAAGCCAUCCUGUGAAACCUUUGAAGAUCUUAGCUCAAGAGAACCACUAAAGCAACAUUGGUUGUAAGGCCUAUUUUAAUUGCCUGUAGUCCAUUAAUACUGAAUCAUAAAAUUCUUGUUCGCUGCAUGUGUAGUGUACAUUACCUUAUGAAUCUUACUUAACUACACAUUUCUUUCAGUGCAAGUCCCAAUAAUAAUAAUGAUCUAAUUUUCACAGUGAUACUUUAUAACAUACAUAUUGCGACUUAUAGCGUGGAAGAGUUUGUCAGAGUGCCACAUGAUAGAUAUUAGAACUCAAAUGUAAUAGUGCCAAAAAAUGUCCCAAAAAUAUACAAAUAAAGGUUGAAAAGAUUAUCAUAAAGAGUAAGCAUAGCAGAAAAUUACUAAACACAAAACUAAGCAUUCCUAUCUUUAUAUGCCUUACUCUAUAGCAAGAAAACUCAUAACUAGAUGGAGUCGUUUGUACAAGUUUUCCUGCUAUGAAUUUCUCACUUAUCUACAAACAAACUUCUCUCCCAGAAUCAGUUCUCAAGUUUUGAUUCAAAUGUUCCUGUGGCAGAGAGGGAAAUUAAACUCUUGGGGAUCAGGAAUGUUCUACAAAAACUGAAGGCUGUAAAACCCAGCAUGGCCUUUGGACCACAGCACCCUUUAUCCUACCUUUAUUUAGUAAGUCAAAUACCCUUUAGAUGUAUUUAGUCACCCACCUUAAUGAAGCAAAACGAUAGCCUUGUCGCAAUGGAAAGUCUUUCCCUUCCCAUAUAGCUCCUCUUAGAGAAUUCAGCUGGGCAGCAAUGCUUUUGCCUGUUAUGUGACGGAUAAGUAGUACCUGUGUAACCUUCUUGGCAUUCACAGGAGCUCUCAAUUUACCACAUGCCAACAAAUGACCCUUGUGAAGCCCUUCUAAUUUUUCAUAUCUCCUCAUUUCAACUUCUGAAGCUAGCAAAACCUUACCAGAUGGGAAACCUGUUGCAAUAUACAACAACUGCUAUCAGCUCUAAAUAAUUCUAUACUUCUUACUAGAGACACCAUAUUUCAUUCUUUUAAUUACCUUUAACCCAAUCCAGAGGAUUUAAAUUCAUUUACAAUACAAAUAUGCACAUUUUAUUUUAUUCAUUCGCAACUACUGCAAUGGAUAACUAUAUAGGAUAUACAUUACAGAACACAGAAAAGGAAUAAAUCCAUAUUAGACAGAUUUUCAGUAUUUCUCAUCUUAAUGUAGUUCUCUGCAGUGUCUCCAGAAAGUACAUAUGCCUUGUGAAAUUUUUCAGAUUUUGUUAAGUUGAAACCUCAAAUUAAUUACGUAUGAUUAUGUUUCUUAACAUUUUCCUAUAAAAGCACUUUAAAUUGCCAUAGACAAGACAACUAAAAUAACAGAAAUAAAAAUGGCUGUAUAUUACUAAGUGUUCAAACCUUUUGUAAUAACACUCCAAACCAAAGUUGUGAAUGUUUUAUUUGUUUAUAAAAUCUAUUAUAAUCUAUACAGGUCUGUAUCAAAAGUUUAAGAUCAGGGAGGAGAAUGUAAAACUGUGGAGAUUGUUGAUAAUUGGAAGAUGGUCAUGCAAAGACCAAGUAGACCAUUUCCUGAGGCAAUCUGCUUUGCCAAAAAUAAAAACUAUGUGUCCAGAAACCCACUAAGCACAUUGAUGAAAACAGGGGAGUUAAUAAAUAAGACAGCUGCAUAACAAUUCUAAUUAUGAUUUGCUUACAGAAGAACUACAUGUCCAGCAUAUCACAAAUUUGAUUUUGUCCUCUGUGGGAGAGCAGCUAUUCUGUCCUAUGUCCUGCAAAAAUUGAACACAGCUCAUCACCUGCCUAACACCAUCAUUGCCAUGAAGCACACUCAUGAUAAUAUUCCACAAUGCUACUUUAAUGACAAAACUGGAAUAUGGUUCAUACCCAAAUAGACGUUUAAGGACAACUAUCUUUAGUUUGCCAAAAAUUGCCACAUUCCAGCAAGGUCAAACAACCCAAACAUGCAGUCAAAGUAAAUGAGAGUUGGCUUCAGAAAAGAAUGUGAAAUAUGCAGAAUGGCUCACUGAAAAUGCAAACUGGACUUCCAUUAAAAAAAUUGAUCCCAUUCAACUUGAAAGUCCUUGAGGUAAUCAGUAACAAGAGAAAAAAUUCUAAAAGUAAAGUUGUUAUAAACAUACCCAAGACAAUUCAAGCCUGUAAUUGCUGCCAAUGGUUCCUCUACUGGUACAUUAGCUGGAAGAAUAUUCAAGUAUAUUUUUGCCUUUAGGAUUUUUUUUUCCUUAGAUUAUAAAAAUAUGUUUUGCCACUUUAAAUGUUAAAAAGGGCAGCACCAUAAAACAGUACAUGAUAUUGCAGCAUUAUGGCUUCUAGGUCUGUUUGCAGUGAAUGUCACAGUUGCACAUCCCAAAGCGGUCUAUGCAAACUUAAUUAAUCAUAAAGUCCGAUCUGGUAUGAAAGUGAAUAAGUAGAAGUACGAGCGUGAUUUGAAGUGGAUUGGUGCCUUAUUCAUGGAUGGUCCCUUAAGUCAGUCUCUGAUUUAUUGUAUUCCUCAAAUUUUAAAAAACGGUUUAAAAAAUGUAUUUGAUAGUUUACAUUCAUCCAUUAUCAAAUCACAGGACUAAAAGCACCUGAAUAUAUCUGAAGUCCAUGAAACAGAACUUGAAAAGAAGUCCAGAACAGAACAGAACUUGAAAAUCCAAUAAAAAGGAAAAUACUUUAUAUAUGUAAAGUAUUCCUAUCCUACUUAUGACCAAAUUCAUAAGGGCUCCAGGCUUAGAAACCGAUUGGAUUUUGAGCCACUUGAGCCAAUUGUAAUCGAGAUGAGGUGUAGAAUGUAUAUGCUCUUUUACAGCCUCUAGCCCAAAUGCAUAAUUAAAAAAUGCCGACUGUUUUAUUCAGUAUUUUCUUAGAAUGACCAACAGAAGACAGUGUCUUUGUGGCAGCAUAGUCUCCUAAAGUAUCAAAGAAUACCUUAAGCACAUCUUAUAUUAUGAAGACUACAAUCAAGAAUCCAUUAGUUCCCCUAGAAGUUCAUCUUUGAAGUUAUGCUUUUCCACAGGAUAAAAAUAAAUAUUCCUACCUCAAGCAGAUAUAUGGGAAGGCUACUCAAACACCUCUUCUUUGUUAAGAGCUGUUCUUUUUCCCUAUGGUGCGGCCACAUGGUGGUUCAAAGUUAAAUUGCAUAUAGCCAAUCCAUGUAAGUAUCAAUGGUUCUAUUUUAUUCCUCUGAAAACCUGUUGGGGUCAAACUAGUACAUUUAAAACCUACAAGGCUAACACAGCAUCACAAGAAACCUGGCUAAAAUGUUUUUUCAGGUACUUAUUCUUGUGCUAAUUGGAGGUACUGUAGGUAUUUCUUUUGUCCCACUUACACACACAAAAAAAAGGACAAUAUUUUUUAACUGCUCAGAGCAGUGGAGACCAUGGAGGUCUGCAGUUUGCAAAGUAUUUCAAUCCAGCCAUUGUCUAUUUUUAUUGGACUCUUAAUAUCACUAGUUGGUAUAACAAAUGAAAACUGUUUUUCAUUAACCUUAAUAAGUUAGAUGUUUUUUCCACCCUUCAUCUGGCAGUCAGACACUGCAUUGUGUACUUUGCAUUUAAUGUUACAAAUCUUAAUAAAGGAGAAUUACAUUUGUCA